AUGCGAGGCCGACUAGAGGUUCAGCGUCCCUCUCCGACGACCGUCUCCUUUACGGUAUCGAAUGCGCCCCAGCGAUCGAGUUCCCCCGCCAAAAUCCUAUUUGGUUUCCAAGUACUGCUGCGUACGGUUUUAUUUUUCUGUGUGAUCGGUGUCGGUAUCGCACGCGUCCGAAAUUUCUUCUUCCACGAAGAUGGGAGGGUGAUAGGCUGGCCAGCCGUGUGGUCAAGCCCGCUCGGAUCCAAACUGUGUCGCUCGGUGGAUUCAUACAACCCGCUGGCAAUUGCUGUGGUUGGUGCAUUGAUUAUAUACGGUGUUUUUAGAAGAGGUUAUGUCGAGGAAUCCCUCUUGGUUAUUCGAGGCUUCGGAAUCCAGACCUCGACAUCGUCCUCGACGUAUCUUUCUACUGCCUCAACGAGAUUCAUUCCUACCACACAAAUCCAAGACAUUGUGAUCCACGAAGCCUUCAAGGGCUUCGAGGUCCGUUUUUAUUUGGCGGUCAUUGUCGAAGGCGAGCCCAAUGUCCUAGUGGUCUUCCCGCAUAUGUUGCCUAAGCGAGAGAUCUUGGAGCAGGUUUGGAGAGGUUCUCGGCGGUGUCUUUACGAUGCGAAGUCAUGA